ACGCUGCGACUGUCCAAAAGCAUUCUUUAAAAAUUGUUAAUAAUAAAUUAGAUUUUUCAAACACUAGAACAUGGAACCAAUGGCAUUAGGAAGUCCAGGUGGAAGCCCUGCUACAAAUCAAUAUUUACCAUCGUUCCUAUUGGGAGAACAGCAAACACCUACAACACCCAGAAACAAUACACUUUCACCAAAUAAGGCGGGAGCAAGAAAUGUCUCGUUCGGAUUUGCAACAUCACCUAGUGGACUGGCAACAAACUCACCCCAAGAGUACAAUCGGUCUGUAUUGGGACAGAAAACACUUUUUGGUGGAUACCAACAAACACCUCCAACUGUUCAAAAUAUCACAAAUUACCCGGGAACACCAAUUCAAAGCCAUAACGCCAGUAUGUCCGGGCCACCAACACAAGGAUUAUUCGAUUCUUUGCGCAAUGAACGCAAUCAAGUCCAGACACCAACACGAUCUCUGCAACCUCAAACGCAAUUUGGUACUCCAGUAAUGGGACAGCAGAAUGGCAGUAUAAAUUCUGCAUAUAACAUGAACCAGAGUACACAUCAACAGCAAUUGUCAAACACUCCAGCUGGACAUUUUAAUGAAUCAUACAUGGGUAAUAAUGCUUCUUUUAAUGUCUCACGAAUUGGUGUUAUGUCCCCAUUAAUGCCUGGGACACCUAAUGCAAAUAAUACGGGUGGCAUUAAUGCCUCCUUAAUGAUGCAGUGCCCAACCCAACCACGUUAUACAGAAUUUUGGGUAACUGUAUUCGGUUUUCCCUCUAGUGCAUCUUCGACGGUAUUACAACAUUUUGCCCAGUGUGGUACUAUUGUUGAUAAAGUAUUUCCCUCUCAAAAUGGCAAUUGGGUUCACCUGAAAUACUCUUCAAGGCUGGAAUGUGACAAGGCCCUAAACUAUAAUGAAAAAAUAUUAGCCAACAAUAUAAUGAUUGGUGUCACACAAUGCAAGGACAGAAGUAUAAUUGAUAAAGAGAACCAAUGCGAAAACAAUGCAACCAGUACACUUACUCCAAAAGUGCGUCCAUUGGCUCAAACCGCCUACAAGAGUGCUCAAAACGAUACUUCAGUUGUGGCGGGAGUAAAUGCUCCCCAAAAGAGCUCCGGUAUAAUGAACAAAGCUAUGGAUUUAUUUUUUGGAUGGUAAAAUUUAAUUUCUUCAAAUUAUAGGCAUCUUUCUACAUGUUAUCGUCACUGUUUUUAAAUUUAUAAUUUAUCUCUAUACAACAACAAAUUACAUACAUAAAUGUUUUCUUUAAUAUCAGUUAGUUUAAUUUUAUACCUUUCAUUAAUUGCAAUUUUGAAAUUUGUUUCGUAAAGAAAUCCAAUGAAUCUAUUAAAACAAACAAAUUUGCUUUCAUAUA